UACUUUAUCGAAGAUUUUGAUUUAAAAAUAUUAACAUUUAAGAACAUUAUUCUCAAUAGGAAACAGGUACCUGACAUAUGGUACAUACAUAAUGUAUGAAAUAUGUGAAACAAUAAUUAUACAUCUCAAAUACAUUUAUGUAUAUCCAUUUAGUAAAUUCAAGCUUUCCAUAUGGAUACAUGUACACAGCAAAGAUUUAUGCAAAAUAAAAGUAUAUGCAGCUUCAGCAAAAUAAAAGUAUAUAGAGCUUCAAGUAGAAGCUCUCAACAAUUCAAAGGAGGUACAAUAUAGAAAUGCAAAACUUGUAGGGUUCGGAAAAGAAAAGUUAUUGGUUACCUUGAUCUUGGUCUAAGGGCCCAAUUUAUUUAAUAUUACAGAAAGUUUUAUAUUUUAUCAAUUUUAUUUUGUUGCGCAGAAUUGUUUAUAUUAUUCUGAGAAUUUAGAACAUUUUUAAUUUAGGAAUUAGGGAAUAUGGAAAUUUGAAAAGGUAAAAUCCGUGGCAAAUGUUUAGGUGUUCUGAUUUAUCGUUAUUCAAAGAAAACCUGUGUAUACAGAAGUGACAUUCACUUAUACAUAAUAUAUAUACGUAUAUGUGUUAUCAUAGACGAUUGAAGGAACAACUUCAUAUUAUUGACUACUUCACUGCGUGAAAUUUUCGAAUGGUUCAUUUUCAAUUUAUUUAUGUACGUAGGAAAUGCAAUUAAGAUUAAAACGUGCAAUUUAAAAACUUAUGUAAGCAAAGUGAAUAUACAAUCCCAUUUUAAAUAUGACCUGUCAUACAAAAAGAACACAGUAGUCAUUUGCGUUUAGUACCUUUCGUAGGUUGUAAACGUAAAGGUACAGUUAAUUUGUUAUAUAAAAUUUAACUAAUCAAAAGAAUGAUUCAAAUGUAUAAAUUCAGUAUUGCUUGUAAUUUUAUAAUAUUUAGAAAUAAUACAAUGUUACUCUAAGUUUUAAUCAAUAUUCGUCAAUUAAUAGUCAUAAAAAUAUGCAUAUAUACAACAUAUGUAUUUUAAACAAAUGAAACUAACCAUAGUUCUUUAUGAACUAAACUAUUUGAUGAAAAAUGCAAAUGCAAAUACCUUUAGGAUUCAACCAAGAUGAGAAAACAAAUUCAUCUUGGUCAAGAAAGGAAAGAAGAAAAUGGUUUUUAUCACUAUUGUGCGGCACUUGUCUCAUAUAUGCCACAAGGACAUCUGUUCCCUUAUUAAUGCCAAUUAUAAGUAAAGAGAAACAAUGGUCCAAACCAGAUUCUGGAAUAAUAUUAUCUAGUUUUUUUGGUGGUUAUACCUUAACACAAGUUGCAAGUGGUUAUAUUAGCGAUAAAAUUGGAGGACAAAAAGUAUUAUUAAUUUCGGCUCUUGGAUGGUCUAUGACAACAUUCUUUAUGCCAGAAAUUAUAGAAUUCUUCUCAAAAAGUGAUUCAUCUGUAUUAUUAGUAGCAAUUGUAAGAACAAUAAAUGGAGCAUUCCAAGGAAUGCAUUUUCCUAGUAUGAUUAGUUUAAUAAGUCAACGAUUACAUGAAACAGAAAGAGCAUCAUUUUUUAGUCUAUUAACAUCUGGAUCUGCUCUUGGUACAUUGCUUACUGGAUCCUUAGGUUCCUAUUUAUUGGAAAACUAUAACUGGAUGACAGUUUUUCAAAUUUUAGGAGGUUUGAGCUUGGCAUGGACACUUCUAUUAAGUUACCAUAUUCUCCCAUUUAAGGAAAGAACAACGUCUAUUAAAUCUACUACUAGCUACACUUUGCCUUGGUUGAAGCUCCUGAAAAAACCUCCAUUCUGGGCAUGUGUAAUAGGUCAUGCUUGCCAAAAUAAUUGCUUUUUUGUAUUGUUGUCCUGGAUGCCAGCAUAUUUUCAUGAUACAUUUCCUGAAGUGAAGGGUUGGGUUGUAAAUAUGGUACCAUGGUUGUCUAUUCUACCUUGUACAUUUUUGGGCAAAGCACUUUCUGAAAAAAUCAUCAGAGCUGGAUACUCUGUUACAGUGACACGUAAAAUAAUUGAAACAAUAUGUUUUAUAACUGAAGUUAUAAGUUUACUACUUUUAGCAAAUGUGAAAACCUUCCAAAGUGCUAUAAUUUGUCUUGCAUUUAUAAUUGGUGGAUCAGGUUUCCAUAACAAUGCAAUUGCAGUGAAUCCUUCUGAUCUUGCACCCAAACAUUCUGGCAGUGUAUUUGGAUUAAUGAAUACUGUUGGUGCUAUACCUGGAUUCCUUGGAGUAUAUUUUUCUGGACAUAUUCUGCAUGUAACACAUAGCUGGUCCGUUGUAUUUAUAUUUAUAGCUAUAAUAGAUGCAUUAGGAUGUAUAGUGUAUUUGUUAUUUGGUUCUGGUCAAGCAAUUAUAUAAAACAUUGUCA